AAAAAGGUCUACUUUAUAUUUUCCCUUUCUUUCCCUUUCUAUUAUUUUCUGUGUGUGCGUGUGCGCGUGUGUGUGCUUUAUAUUAAUUAAAAGAAACUGAUUAGAAAAAAUGAAUGAGGAUCAGCAGACAGCUUUAGAGAAACCGCCUUCACCACCACCUUAUGACAGCGACAAAGUCAUGACAGAAGCAGAGGUAUCACCACCUCCUGCACUCUCAAUUAUAGAAGACUUUGAAACCAUUGCCAAGAAAGAAAUGCCACUUAUUGAAGAAGAAAUUGUCAGUUUCAAAUGUGUACAUUGGGAUGUUCUUGAAUGGAGUAAACUCGAUCACCGUGUGUUGGGUCCUGUUUUUGAAGCAGGUGGACAUGACUGGAACGUUCUCAUGUUCCCCAGAGGAAAUAACCAAAAUAAAUAUGUUUCCAUCUAUCUUGACCUGACUAACUCCAAGGCGACAAUCGAUCCUAACGAAUACGCCUGUGCUCAAUUCAUCAUUGCACUUUCCAAACCUUCUCAACCAACUCGCUAUGUAUCAUUAACUGCGCACCAUCGAUUUACGAGUGACGAGAGUGACUGGGGCUUCACCAAUUUUGUUACGUUCGAGACAUUGUGCGAUCUACUAGAAAACGAUGCAAUUCGUGUGAGUGUGAUUAUCCGGGUAGUCAAGGAUACAACGGGUAUUCUCUGGCAUAAUUUUAUAAAUUACGAUUCAAAGAAAGUAACAGGUUAUGUUGGACUUCAAAAUCAAGGCGCUACUUGUUAUAUGAAUUCACUGUUUCAAUCGCUUUAUUUUACCAACUCGUUUAGAAAAGCAGUUUAUCAGAUUCCAACCGAAAAUGAUCAGCCCACCAAGAGCAUUGCACUUGCGCUCCAGCGUGUCUUUUACAAUUUACAGUUUGUGGAUACCGCUGUUGGUACAACCGAGUUAACCAAAUCCUUUGGUUGGGACUCUUUAGAGGCAUUUAGACAGCACGACGUCCAAGAAUUUAACAGAGUCUUACAGGACAAUCUAGAAAUAAAGAUGAAGGACACACCUGCUGAUGGAGCCAUAAAGAACUUGUUUGUAGGUCGAAUGAAAAGUUAUAUUAAAUGUAUCAAUGUCGAUUAUGAAUCCUCUCGCAGCGAAGAUUAUUAUGAUAUUCAAUUAAAUGUCAAGGGCUGCAAGAACCUCGAAGAUUCUUUUAGAGAUUACAUUACUGAAGAGACGCUCGAGGGAGAUAACAAAUAUAUGGCAGAAGGACACGGUCUUCAGGAUGCCAAGAAGGGUGUCAUUUUUGAAAGUUUCCCACCUGUCUUGCACUUACAGCUCAAACGUUUUGAAUAUGACAUGAUGCGAGAUAUGAUGGUCAAGAUCAACGAUCGCCACGAGUUCCCGCUCGAGAUUGAUCUUGAACCUUAUCUUGCGCCUAAUGCUGAUCGAUCCAGGAGCCACAAAUACGUGCUGCAUGGCGUAUUGGUGCACAGUGGUGACUUGACAGGCGGACAUUAUUUUGCGUUUGUGAAGCCCGAAAAGGAUGGAAAGUGGUUCAAGUUUGACGAUGACCGGGUGAUUCCAGCGACACUAAAGGAAGUGCUCGAGGAAAAUUAUGGCGGAGAACAGACGGGAUUGCACGGCCUCAAUAUGCGUGGACGUCUGAUGAAUCGAUUUACAAAUGCAUACAUGUUGGUCUAUAUCCGAGAAUGUAUGCUCGACGAGAUAUUGGCUCCUGUGACCGAAGACGAUAUUCCCAAACACUUGAUUAAACGUAUUGAAGAGGAGCGUCGCCUUUUGGAGAUCAAGCGAAAAGAAAAGGAGGAGCAGAUGUAUUACAUGAAAAUUUUGCUUGCCACAGACGACUCAUUCAGAAGCAACCGUGGAUUUGACUUUACAGACUUUGACGAACGUCAUGCUGUACACAACAAGGUCUUGGUCUCUCGUGUGAGAAAGGAUCAGACAUUUGGACAGUUCCGAGCAGAGAUUGCUCAAUGGCGAGGUCUGCCCGAGACUCACAUUAGGUUCUGGCUGAUGGUCAAUCGACAGAACCGCACGGUACGCGCUGAUAUGCCUAUUCAUGACGAUGAAGCAAAUUCGACUUUGGACGAAGUGCGUCAGAGGUAUGCUACGAACCAGGUUAUACUUCGACUAUACCUCGAGGAAACCGAUACACCCCCGUUUCCUUAUGCAGGACACAUGUCAGCGGACGAUGCAUUGAUCUUUGUCAAAUUCUAUAGUCCUGAGCAACAAACAUUACAGGGCGUGGGACACUUUUACGCAGACAAAGUGACUGAGCUCUACACGUACGUUGAUCUAUUCAAAAAGAUGGUGGGAUUUGAUGAAACACAAGAUAUCUGGGUAUAUGAAGAAGUCAAGCCUUCGAUGGUCGACCGACUUGACCUCAACUUGACCACUACCUUGGCAGAACUUCAGGACGGUGAUAUUCUUUGUGUUCAAAGAGCGUUGAGUCCUCAAGAGAUGCAAGCGAUCGUUCAGAACGGAGGACACGCAACAGUGGACAAGUAUCUCGAAUACGAGCUUGGUAAAGUUCUCGUGACAUUCUCGCCUCGUGACAGCAGCGAUGAGAUGUCCCCCGACUUAGACCUGUGGCUUCACAAGGACAUGAGUUAUGAACAAGUGGCUGUCUGUCUUGCUCAAGAACUUCAUGUGGAUGCAGACAAAUUACGAGUGAUCAACCCGUACUAUCAAGGCAAGAUACCUCAAAAGCGAUUCAAUGGACUAAAGCUGGGCAAAGUCUUGGCCGCAGGCUAUCAGACGGGUCAGGCAACAGGUCGGUACCGACUGCUUUAUGAAAAGCUAGACAUGAGCCUGGACGAGAUUGAGUCCAAGUGCGCUGUGACCGUGACAGUAUGUACGCCGACACUAAAGGACAAGCACACGGUCGAACUGUUAUUGUCCAAGGAGAGCACGAUAGAGGAUCUACUGAACGCGCUGGUGGAUAAGAAGGUGACAUUUCAGACCGAUUCAGGUACCAGACGGGUCCGUAUCUUUGAUGAACUUGAUGGUCGGUUCAAUUGCGAGUAUGACGAAUUGAAUUGGAAGGCAGCAGUAUCAGAGAAACAGUGUCUGAAGGUGUACGCAGAGGAAGUACCUGCGGAGGAAAUAGAGAUGACAGAAGAUGAUGUGCUCAUAAACGUGUUCCAUUUCCAAAGAACACCCAGCCAUACACAUUCUGUUCCAUUCCGAUUUGUUGUUAAACCCGAAGAGCCUUUAAGCGAAACAAAAAAGAGACUUCAAUCGAGAACAGGGAUGGAUGAUAAAGAAUGGAGUAAAGUAAAGAUUAAUAUCUUUAAUGAAGAUGAAGAUUACUCGUUUUUGGUGAAUGAUGAAGAUGAGACCUUAUUUAGUCAAAGGCCAUAUCAUAAAGGAGAUACAAUUGGAUUAGACCAUAUGGAUAAAACUACAAAACUGGAUAGAAACGGAUCUGGAGCGAUCUUUAUAAGAGGUUAAAUAAAAAAUAAAUGACGCUUUUAUUAAAUAAGGAGUUG